AUGUCAGGGGGUGCGAGCACGAAUUCAAAUGCUUCCAUAGACGAAAAAAACCUAAACAUCACUUCGGAAGCUGAAAUUAAAAACGAAGAUGUAUAUGCGGAACCUGUCCUAAGUACAGUCUUAUCACCUAACGGUAAAGUUGUUUACAUCAGUGACAAGGUAGAUGAGGCUAUGAAAUUGGCCGACGAAGCCAAGGAAAUUGAGGUUACGCCAGAAGAAGACAGAAAACUACGCUGGAAAAUCGAUUAUUGUAUGUUUCCUUUAAUGUGUAUACUGUAUGCCGUCCAGUUCAUGGACAAAAUUUCCACAAGUUCGGCUGCGGUUAUGGGAUUAAGAACUGACUUAAAAAUGCAUGGUGACCAAUACUCCUGGGUCACUUCCGCCUUUUAUUUUGGUUAUUUAUUCAUGAAUCUAGGUCCGGUACAGUUAAUUUUCCAAAAAAGUAAACAUAUGUCCAAGAUGCUUGCAAUUUUCAUCAUUGUGUGGGGAUUACUCUUGGCCUUGCAUGCUGUUCCAUCGGUUAAGUACUCAUCUUUUAUCGCAUUGAGGGUGCUUUUAGGCUGUGCAGAAAGUGUUGUCACACCCUGCUUCACCAUCAUCACUGCUCAAUAUUGGAAAACAGAGGAACAGUUCACAAGAAUCUCAAUUUGGUUUGGUAUGAAUGGUCUUGGGUCCAUUCUGAUCAACGCGAUUGCGUACGGUGUCUAUAUUCAUCAAGAAUCCUAUGCUAUCAAGGGCUGGAGGGCUUUGUUUGUUAUCACCGGUGUAAUUACAAUUUUCGUUGGGGCCUUGAUAUUUCUCUGGAUUCCUGAUGAUCCAUCAAAGGCAAGAUUUUUAUCAAAGAGAGAAAAAUUGAUGGUUGUCCAGAGAAUUAGAUCCAACCAACAAGGGUUUGGUAAUCACGAAAUCAAAAAGUACCAAAUUGUCGAAGCUUUGAAAGAUGUCAGGACUUGGUUAUAUUUCCUUUUCACUGUGAGUUCUAAUAUUCCUAAUGGUGGUAUUUCGAGUUUUAUGAGUAUUCUACUGAACAGCGAUUUCGGGUACUCAUCAAAGGAUACCUUAUUAAUGGGACUGCCUACUGGUGCUGUUGAACUAGUUGGGUGCCCGCUUUUUGGUAUUCUGGCCGUAUACGCAGCUAAUAAGAAAAUACCAUUUUGGAAGUACAAAUUGGCUUGGGCCAUCUUUGCUGCUGUCUUAGCAUUGAUUGCUAGCUGUAUGCUAGGUUUUGCAACCUCUUCAAAAAAGGCAAGACUGGCUGGUGCCUACUUAUGGUAUAUCUCCCCUGUUUCGUUUAUUUGUGUCCUUUCCAAUAUUAGUGCUAACUCUUCAGGCUACAGUAAAAAAUGGACUGUAUCUUCAAUAAAUUUGGCUGCAUAUGCUGCUGCCAACCUUGCUGGCCCACAAACAUUUAUUGCGAAACAGGCCCCCAAGUACCAUGGUGCCAAGGUUGCCAUGGUCGUUUGCUAUGCCGUUAUGAUCGUGCUUUUAUCUGCAUUACUCUUGAUCAAUAUGAGAGAGAAUAAGAGACGUGACAAGAUAGCUGCUGAAAGAGGUUACCCCGAAGAGACAGCAAAUUUGGAAUUUUCUGACUUGACGGAUUUUGAAAAUCCAAACUUUAGGUACACUCUAUAA